AUGGCACCCCCGGCCACCGCCCUGCUCCUGGCCCUGCUGCUCCACGCCGCCGCGGCAGAGGUGUUCCGAAUGUCGAAGCAGGAGGUGCACCCGAGCCCGGGGGAGACCGUGGAGCUGAGCUGCGAAGUGCUGCUGCCGUCCGCGCCGUCUGGCUGCUCUUGGCUCUUCCAGGCACGCGGAGUCGCCUCCCGUCCGCGCUUCCUAAUGUACAUUGGCAUGUCGCCCAAGUGGGCGGAGGAUGUGGAUCGCGAGCAGAUAUCCGGCAAAAAGGACAGUAGCAGCCGCUACACCCUCACCCUGAAGCGCUUCCAGGAGAAGGACCAAGGCUACUACUUCUGCGCGGCCAUUCAGAACGCGAUAAUACACUUCAGUCCCUUCGUGCCGGUUUUCCUGCCAGCUAAGCCCACCACCACCACGGUGCGGCCUCCACCACCCACGCAGGCGCCCACCAACGCGUCUCAACCCGUGACUCUGCGUCCAGAGGGGUGCCGGCCGUCUGCGGGGGGCCAUGUGAAUACAAAGGGGCUGGACUUCUCCUGUGAUAUCUACAUCUGGGCGCCCCUGGCUGGGGCUUGUGCGCUCCUUCUCCUGUCACUGAUCGCCGUCAUCACCUGUAACAACAGGUAUCGAAAACGUGGUUUUUGCAAAUGUCCCAGGCCGCAACUGACACAGGGGGGCAAGCCCAUUCCUUCUCAGAGACUUGUCUAACAUGGCGACAGGCCCCAUGCCGCAGCUACUACAAGACUUCAACUGAGAACUUUCCUUUCGAGGAGAGCAACCAUCCUUCGCUUCUGGUUUUUCCCGGUCUCCUCCUUAUGUGUCAUUCUCAUUAUAUUUUCAUGGGGUGGGGUGGGAAGACUACUUUUUUAUGUGUUUCCUUUAGUUGACACAAAACAAGACUAUACAAUGUCUACAGUAUAUCACAAGAGCUAUCAUUCCGUUCUGCACACAUCAACCAGGGUGAAGGUGGGCAACCGCAAGCCAUGUUCUCAGAACCAGACUGCUAGAGCUAGAGGAGGCCUAAGCACCCACUCAGUCCAAACCUCUGCCCAUCCCAUUUUGCAAGAGAGACUGAAGUUCAGCUCUGGGCAGCAGCUUGAUCAGGGUCACAGCAAGGCUCAGGGGGGUCCUCCACAGCAUUCAGGUCUUUCUCACAGAGGCCUCUGUGGCCUCUUGGGGCGCUGUGUCUCACACCGCAGGUGAACAAGCAACUUCUCCAACACCUAUGAUAGACAUUUUCUGUGCUCAGAGCUCUGAGGAGGGGAUGAAAUAGGCAAGAGAUCUUCUGCCCUUCCCAGAGUUCUGUAAUGUAAACCAAAUAGCAUCAGACUUUUUCAUCAUCAAGUGUAAAAUUAUAUAGACAGCGGGAAUUCCUCAAAUAAACCGGAGUGGGUGAACUCCUGGAAAAGGAAUCAUUCCACCUCAAAAAGAAACCUCUGUAGAACCCCUCAGUGGAUGAUAUUGCUCCCCCAGCCCUCCCAUUGCAGAGCAGCCCAGGUGAAAGAAGACGCCACCCCUUUACAAAUGUGCUUUGUGCGUCAGUGAAACUGAGCGGAGGCCUCUUGAAUCUCUAAACUUGAGAUACCAUAUUUGAACAUGCUUCUGGAUGACUUUUUACAGUUUGGAAAGACAGAGUUGUUCAAGAGCUGCCAGGAAACUCCUGGCCUCCCCUCAACUAGCAGAGGAGGAGGCUCAGAACCCAAACUGCUGCCCUGCACAUACAUUUCCUGUCUUAGUGUGUCGUAGAGAAAUGCAAACUCAUGGGGAAAAAAACCCCACAAGGAAAUAAUAAUCAGCAAUAUUUCUUUACCUCAGGUAUAACCCUUUGUUAAUAUUAUGUUGUACAUGCCUCCUGAUUAUU